AUGAACAAUGUAAUACACUCGAAGUUGGACUCUCUAGCAUCGCGUCUCGUACAAUCAAAUGAUUCCCGAGAGGAAGAUGAACAAGACGACGAUGCUAUCUUUGCAGAACUUGAAGCAGAGAUAGAGAACGACGCUGAUGCGGCAGUGCGAGAUCGGGGCAUAGAGCAGCUCAGGCUCGAAAUGCAAAGAGCCAAAGAAAUGAGAGAAAAUGCCCAUGGGAGAUACAUGGAGAUCACGAAUGAGAAAGAGGCCAUCCGGAUAAGUGCGAAUGAGCCAUACUGCGUGAUUCAUUUUUACCAUAGUAAUUUCAGGAGAUGUGAAAUCAUGGACAAGCACCUCGCAGCGAGUAAUGAUUCGUGCCUCGAAGGAACUAGAUUGCUGAUGGAUUCAUAUCAGCAACUCGCACCAAAAUACUAUGCUACGCGUUUUAUCCGUGUCUUCGUGGAGAAUAUGCCAUGGCUGGUUGAGAAGCUUGCCAUUCAAGUCCUUCCAUGCCUGAUGUGCUUCAUCGACGGGAUCUCAAAAGACCGUCUUAUUGGGUUUGAAGAACUCGGUAAUAAUGACGCGUUUGAGACUGCGGUUCUCGAGCUCAGGCUAGCAAACAGUGGUGUCCUUCAAAAAGCGCGAAAUGCUUAUGAAUCCGGUAUCACAUACAACGUCUCAUCAUCUUCAAACACAAAUAAAUUACGAAGAGGUGGACAAAAAGAUCAGGAUGACGACGAGUUCGAUUUAUGA